UUAUUCGGCCAAAACUGCGGGUGGAGUCCCCCCUUUUUUUUUUGCAUUUGAAAUUUACAUGGAUACAGAUUUCCUGGAGGUGAAUCGAUCCGUCCAAUCGGCUUUCCCAAGAGAGAGAGAGUGGGGACCUACAGGAAAAAAAGCAAACAGAUCAGAGAUGGAAUAAGAUUAGAUGCACCGAGGUGCUUCAUUCUCCUAUCUGAGAGAGAAUUCUAUGGAGAGUGGCUAAUGAACAUAAGAAUCCUACUGAAAUCUAAAGGAGAGGAUGGUUAAAGGGACAUUGCUGCUUAUUAUAUGUGUGAUAACCCUUUGGGGAAAAUUGAUAUCAGCUGCAAACCACCAUAAAGCUCAUCAUGUUAAAACUGGCACCUGUGAAGUAGUGGCUCUGCACAGAUGUUGCAACAAGAACAAAAUUGAAGAACGGUCCCAGACGGUGAAGUGCUCGUGUUUCCCAGGGCAAGUGGCGGGGACAACACACGCUGCCCCUUCUUGUGUUGACGCCUCAAUAGUUAUACAGAAAUGGUGGUGUCAAAUGCAGCCUUGCCUUGAAGGAGAGGAAUGUAAAGUACUGCCAGAUCUUACAGGGUGGAGCUGUGCUACUGGAAAUAAAGUAAAGACAACCAAGAUUAUAUAAAUGAAAUAGUGAGCCUACAUGACAUUUUGAUGCAUCUCAAAUCGAUAUUUUGGCACUCAGCGUGAUUCUCCACUGGUGGGUGACUCGAUAGUUGACGAUGGAGGUUGAGCUGCUUUUUAAAGUUACUGAAGCAGGAGCAUUGGAUGCUUUCCUUUAUUUAUUGUGUGCUCCAGCUCCCCAGACAAAGCAACUGUUCCUAAUCUGGGAUACUUUUACUUGCUCUGAGAAAAGUGAUUGUGCAGUUCUGUUCAUUUAAUUGAAGUGAAAUUAAGAGGAAAACAAACCAAAAGAGUGCCAGAAGGUGAAAAUAUAUGGAUUUCCAGUGUGGCAUUUCUUACCAGGAUAACAAAAGACUACUCAAUGAAAUGUAUCUUUGACCUUGUGCUACUGAAUUUGGAAAUAUUGCUUAACAGCGUGGAGGAACAUAAAACCAUUUCUUUCUUGGAUUCAUCAUUGCGAUUGCUACUGUUUUCAACACACUUGAACAAAUGGCUCAUAUUUUUGUAUAAGAACAGUGGAUUUAGUGGCCCAGAAGGCAAAAUUAAUACGUCUUAAUUAUUAUUAGACUGUACGCACUUGUGUAUCAAGUGUCUUUUGCAGAUGUGGUCCACUGGAAGAUUUUCAUCUGCAUUCUGAUUUUCAGCUCUGAACAUUUUGAAAGGCUAAAUCGAUUUCACAGCUUGGAUUUUCCUUUGUUAUAGAAAUGAAUAAGUCUGUUAAAUGUGAAUAACUGCAGUUUGCUAUUGACAUUAAAUGCUUAUCUGUAUACAUAUAUCAUAGGAAACGAGAAUCCCUGAAGCAGCUGUACUGCUUAUUAAAUUCAGUUCAAAACUAUUUUAAUAACUUUAAUGUCUGCAGUACCUCAAAAUGAUGCUCAUCAUGCUGAAACACAUUGUUUACUUAUUGAUUUCAUCAUUGUUUAAAUUGUGGAUAUGGAAUAUGAAAGUACGAUCAUGUUGGAACUUUUUUUUGCUUUAUCUAAGUAUUAUUAUUUUGCUACCUACAAGGAUUGCUUAUUUGAAAGUCAUGCAGGAAUUACAUUGAUCACUCAAGCCUCAUCAUCUGUUCGAAUAUUCAGCCCUAUUAUUUAAUGUGAAAGCAGCCUACCAGAUAUUAUUUAGAGAUACAGAUGUUUGUGUACUGCGCAAAACAAGGGCGAUUUGGUAACCCAGAGGGAAACAUGUGGACCACAUGUUUAACUCAGUGACGCUGUGAAAUGUAGCACAGUUUUGAAACCUUUUUGUUUAUUGAACUUGUAUAAAUCUCGUUUUAAAUGUAAACAGUAAAUAAAAUCUCA